AUGGCGGGAGCAGAUAACGAUCAUGUCUCGCCUUUCGCGCCCCUCAUGGCUGAGCUGGCUCGCAUGAGGACCCGAAGCCUCAACGCAGCUAUUGAUGAAGUAGACUCGGUCAUAGAUCUUCUCACAACAGCACGGGAGCAGAUCGCGCAAGGUGAGCCAGACGCGACUCGCACUGGGUUGACUAUGAUGCAACUGCAGAACCCGGUUAAGCAGCGCUUCGAGCGGAUCACUUCAGAUCUGAAAGAUGUUACGAAGGCGCAGAAAGCUUUUGGGAAGGCUCUCGACAAGGCCCUCCCUUAUCGAGAGCUCCCUAUGGAGACAGACGCUAUGGCCGAUCACCCAGGUCUUAUCAACCGAGCGAUAGCUAUGCAUAUGCUUCGUGAAGGACAAUUCUCUGUUGCGUCGACUUUCCUUAAAGAAGCCACUGACCACCCUCCCAGUCGAGAGGCUCAUGCGACCCCACAAACAGACGAAGACGGUGAUGAUGACAUGGACAACGACGAUGAGCCCGAAACCGAUAUAGCUGGACUACAUUCAGAGCAUUUGCAGAGCAAGUUCUCCGAGAUGUAUAACAUUCUCUCUCAGAUCAAGUAUCGUAACUUAGUGCCCGCCAUCAAAUGGGCCCAUACAAAUAGUCCUCAGCUCGAGGCCAAGGGGAGCACGCUCGAGUUCGAACUUAUCAAGCUUCAGUUUGUCUGGCUUUUCAAAGGCUCCUCAAUAAACGGCCUUCCCGAUGACCCCGAGACCAACGGACUCCGUGGUGCCUUGAACUACGCUCGGGAGAACUUCACUCGUUUCCAAAGCCGUCACCUAUCUGAGAUUCAACAGCUCUGCUGCGCCAUGGCGUAUGCACCCAACUUGGCCGCCUCGCCGUAUAGCCACAUAUUUGAGACAGACUCAGCAUUCGAGGAUGUCGCCAUGUCUUUCACUCGCGAGUUCUGUUCCCUUCUCGGAUUAUCAGCAGAGUCACCACUUUACGUCGCCGUUACAGCAGGCUCUAUCGCUCUACCCCGCCUCAUCAAGUACACGACGUAUAUGCGCGAGAAGAAGACAGAGUGGACGACAGAGAAUGAACUUGCGUUUGAGACGCCUUUGCCUGAGUCCAUGAUCUACCACCCCAUCUUCGUCUGCCCUGUGAGCAAAGAGCAGACAACUCAAGACAACCCACCCAUGAUGCUCAGUUGUGGCCACGUCAUUUGUCGCGAGUCUCUGCACAACAUAGUAAAGUCAGCUCUGUACAAGUGCCCCUACUGCCCAACCGAAGGUCACCUCAAGAAUGCGACCAAAAUCAGGCUGUAA